GACAAGAAGUUUAGAAACAAAUAUAUGUAUAAUUAAUAUCUGACAGAGAUAUAGUCUUGCUAUAAACCAAAGUAACAACAGGUUAUGGGCCCAGUCUGCCCGAUUUGAGUGGAUGGAAAUUGAGGUUAACCGCGUGGCGACGCAAAAGUAAAAGACGGGUGGAAAGUUUCUUUCAAGCCGGGGAAAUGGCUGUGAACAUUAAAAAUUAUUUUAAUAUUGAUCCGUUGCACAGUGGUCCCAAAUCGUGAAAUCGUGGCCAAAACCCCAAAAAAUAAUUUUACGGUAUGGAGGUUUUACCUGUUGGAAUCGGCAGUUUAAGGAUGUCUCUUUAGGGUAGGGAAAAUGAAAUGAGUCAUAUUUUUAUACCUGGAUGGCAAUUGCGAUCCAAACUUCGGCUUCGUAAGUCAGUCAUUUGUCGAGAGCGUAAGCGUCAAUUCGUACCACAGAGUGAAAAGUGCAUAAGUUUUUUUAGAAGACAUCAAUUUCAAUUCUGCAAAAUGGAUGCUGUUCCUGGAACAUCUUCCAAUAGUGAAAUAAUUUUGACCAGAAAAGAAAUUUAUUUCAUGGUAAAAGGCCAUUUAAAUCACCCAACGAGGGAUAUUCUUCAAUGUUUAGAGGAGCAGCUAAGUCAGAAAACGUUACACAUGAUCAAAAUAAUCGAAAAGGAAAGAAUUUCUUUCUUUGCCAAACUAUUUUCUAUCAUGAAGAAGAAAUGGAUCAAAUCAAGUAGAUGCGAGAAAUUUUUUUUGGAGAAAAACACAGAAUGGCUCAGUGUUUCACUAGCGAUCCGCAUACCAGCCGCAAUUACAGAAUCAUCUGAAAAGAGACCUGGUCGACCUUUUUCACAAUUCGACGGCUUAAGUGAAAGGUCUAAACGAAGAAAAACCGAGGAAAUUCGAAGAAACUUUUCUCCCGAACAAUUGUCUUACGCUAUACAGAUGAGUCUUCGAAGUGCAGGAGAAGUAGACGCUUCGAAAGUUAUAAAAGAUAUAACUUCACCGAAUACAUCAAGAGCUACAGUUUACAGAAGAUCUGUGGAGAAAGUUGUUGAAACAACACUGUCCGGUGAUGCUGCUCUGUCACUGAUAAUUGAAAAUAAAUUAUCUAAGAGGCAAUAUCUAGGAUUGCGGACUACAAGUAAGGAAAAUAAUUGCAAUUUAUAUCCGCCAUACAACAUGGUAUUAGAAGCCAAAAGAAAAUGUUAUCCGUCCGCAGUGGAUAUUACAAUUACAGAAUAUAGUGCAGAGGUAAAACUGCAAGCUUUAUUGGAUCAUUCAAUUCAACGGAUUUUGUUAAUUCAGAAUGACAUUAUUAAAAUUUUGACCCCAUCAAAGGUACGACAAAUGACUUUGAUUUGCAAGUGGGGAUGUGAUGGAAGUUCCAGUCAAAGUAUGUACAAACAAAUAUUUACUGUUGAUGGAAAAUCCGAUUCAGAUAUUUUUCUGACAUCACUUGUGCCACUACAACUUACAUCUGGAGAUAAAACCAUUGUAUGGAAGAAUGCAAAGCCAUCAUCCCCUCGAUUUUGUAGGCCCAUCAAGAUUCAGUUUACUCAAGAAAGCACGGAAGUAAAUAUAAACGAAACAAAAUAUAUUGAAGAACAAAUAAAAAAACUUGUUCCCUUCGAUACGAUAAUAGAUGGGAAAGAAAUUUCAAUUUCGUAUAAACUUGCGUUAACCAUGAUUGAUCGUAAGGUAUGCAACGCGAUCUCAUCCACCUUGUCCACUCAACGCUGCUAUUUGUGCGGAGCAACAGCAAAACAAUUCAAUGAUGUUAAUAAAAUGCUGCAACAAGAAAUUAAUGAAUGUUAUCUUCGCUUUGGAUUGUCAACGCUACAUGCAUGGAUACGCUUUUUUGAAUGUUGUCUGCACUUAUCAUACAAGCUACCAACAAAGAAGUGGCAAGCUCGCAGCACCGAAGAAAAACAGAUAGUGAAAGACCGUAAAGAAAUUAUUCAACGAGGUUUUCAACUACAACUGGGGCUAUUAGUAGACCGUCCGAAACCUGGAUUUGGUAGCACCAAUGAUGGUAAUACGGCUCGCCGUUUCUUUGAAAACUACCAAAUAUCGGCAUCAAUAACUGGAGUUGAUGAAGAUUUAAUUAAAAGUUUUUUCGCAAUACUGCAAGCAAUUUCAAGUGGCCACGAUGUAAAUUUGGUCGAAUUUAAAAAGUACGCUGUUGAAGUGGCAACAAGAUUCGUCGAACUAUAUCCGUGGUAUUACAUGCCAACUUCGGUGCACAAAAUUUUAAUACACGGCCCAGAAAUAAUAAGUUACGCAUUGUUACCGAUUGGACAAAUGUCUGAAGAAGCACAAGAACACAGCCACAAAUAUAUUAAAAGCUUUCGGAGAGAUUUUCCACGAAAAUGUUCUCGUACAAAAACAAUGGAAGAUGUAUUCUUGCGGCUCUUACUAUCAUCAGAUCCAUAUAUAUCAAAUUUAAAAAAAGAAUAAAAAAAAA